ACAUAUUUCGUGUUGUAGUUUAAUACUGUUUAGUUAAAAUAAGAAAGUUUUUUAUUUUUUCUUCUUUGUUUUACUGGAACUUCUAACAUAGCCUAUAAAAGAAACGUCAAUUGAGUAGUUAGGGUGAACUUUUCAAUCAUAGAUGGCGUUAGUAAGAUUUUAAAGAAAUUAAUUUAAAAGUUUUUUUCGAUCAAAUUAUCUUAAAUCACGAUUUUAAAAGUGUCAAAGUAAUUCAAAAGCGUCAAAAUUUAAUGUGUAUAAAUUCUUUUUCUCAAAGAAGAUCCUAAUCGUUAUUAAUAUCGACGAUAAUCUCAAAUUUCGGCCGAGUUCCAUUUAUUUCUUUUCAUUUUCCUGUCAUAUUACAUUUAUUAUUAAUUUACCGACACAAAGAAAAUAAGAAUUAAUACGGCCGUAAAGGAGUAGAAGCAGAGCGGCGAGUUUCUUUUUAGAUGGACAUGUAAAAUGAGUUGUUGUGGCCGUUGUGGCAGAGAGGUUCAUUGUUCCGACCAAAAAAUCGCCCUGGGAAAAGCCUGGCACACAUUCUGUUUCAGUUGCUAUAAGUGCAGAAAAUUAUUGGAUAAGUGUAGUGUGUACACGUUACAAGGAGAGCUAUUCUGUUGCGCUUGCUACCAAGCGUGCAUCUGCAAUCCGUGCUUCAUUCAAGAGUUGCAGUGCAGACAAACGUGUUGUGGCCCUUGCAAACCCUGCUUGCCUUGUUGCGUACCUUGGACGCCCCCUUGCAAACCUUGCAAUCCUUGCGAACCUUGCAGACCUUGCAAUCCUUGUGAUCCCUGCAAACCUUGUAACCCUUGUGAUCCCUGCAAACCUUGUAACCCUUGUGAUCCCUGCAAACCUUGUAACCCUUGCGAUCCUUGUAAUCCCUGCAAACCUUGCAAGCCUUGUAAACCUUGCAAUCCUUGCAAUCCUUGUAAUCCCUGUAAUCCUUGUAAUCCCUGUGAUCCUUGUAAUCCUUGUAAUCCUUGUGACCCUUGUAAUCCUUGCAAUCCUUGUAAUCCUUGUAAUCCUUGUAAUCCUUGCAAUCCUUGUAACCCUUGUAAACCGUGUAAUCCGUGUAAUCCUUGUUGCGCUCCAACUUGCAUUAGAAUCGUUCCUUGCAGUCCAAAAGCACCUUAUCGAAAACGUUGCGGAACAUCUUGCGGACCUUGCCGCCCUUGCAAUCCGUGCGAUCCUUGUAACCCUUGUACGAGUCCGGUUCCUUGCGUGCCUUGCAGAAAUCCUUGUUGCAGCUGUUGCGGGAAAAAAAUUUGCGAAUAUCUCUGUCCGACCGAUAAUUACUGCUUAAGAAGAUCCUGCCCGCCACCGAAGUGUGCCCCGAAAACGCUUUGCCUGGCGUUGAAACGAUCAUUAUCUUCGUAUUCGAGCUCGUUAUCUUCGGCGUCUUUAUCGUCGACCAAGUCUUCGAGAUUGUUGGUUACGAUUAGUCAGGUUACGAUGCCUAGGUGCAGAUCUUGCAGCCCGAAAAUACAUUGUGGGCCACCUCCGGUGGUUCCCCCUGGAUGUUGUCCUCAACAACCUGGGUCAACUUGCGCGGCGCCAUCUCCAAGAGAAACUACGAAUUAUUAUAAUCGACAUCAUGAUAAAAUUAUUGAAGACGGCUGUAAAGGAUCUUGUUAUUGUCCAGAAAACUGUUGUUGUCCCCAUAAAGGAAUCCGAGGUAGAUUCGCUUGCCCGACAUCGUGCGAUCCCUGCGCCAAAGUGGAUUGUUGUCCGGGAAAGUGUUGCGGCGGCCCGCGGCGGGGUUGCUGUCCAUCGCCACCGAGGUGUUGUCCCCCGGCGAAAUGUUGUCCGCCGCCGUGUUCACCUUGCUCCACCCCUUAUUGUCCCCCGACACGAAGACCGAUUUGUUAUCCACCGGUGAAAUGUUGUGAGCCGAAUCCGUGCGAAAGGAUUUGUUAUUACCCGUGCCAACCGCCGUGCGCCCCUAAAUAUUGCACGUGUGGUACCCCAAAUCCCUGCGAUUGCGAUUUAAACAUUAAACGGCGACAAGUCGAGGUUGAUAGAGCACCGUGUUGCCGAAGAUGUGGAAGGAAAGUUUACGCCGCGGAAAAGAUUAUGGCUUCCGGUGGAGCGUUUCAUACGUGUUGCUUCUCGUGUUAUUGCUGUCACAAGCCGCUUGAGGUGACUAGUGUCUAUGAGAAUCAAGGAGAAAUUUAUUGUAAACAUUGUUACUCAAAAUACUUCGGAUUAACUGGUUACGGAUAUGGAAUGACUCUUCAGUCGCCGUUGUAAGGUUGUAAAGUUGGGUGGAGAUUUGAAAAUGUAUUUAAAAAAAAUAUAUUAAGGAAUAAAAUGUAUCAGCAAACCUUU